AUGAUCGAUAUUAUUUCGUUAAAACUAUGGAUCUUUUUCAUUGUCAGCGGACAUGGGCUGACAUUGUCUUAUAAUCGGCCAAAGUUCUCCGCCGAUCCAAUCUGGCAUCAAUAUGCCACGACUUUUGCUACAGCUCAGACUGUAGGAUCCUUCCCGAAUGAUAUCUUUAUCAGCACAAACAAUACAAUUUAUGUGGCCUCCUCGUGGAACAACAAAAUUAUCAUUUGGAAUGAAGGGAACAACGCGUCAAUAAUGAGUAUUUCGGGAAAUGUAUUCAUUCCAACCAGUGUGUUUGCUACUACAGCAGGUGAGAUUUACAUUGACAGUGGUACCACAACCGGCCAAAUCGUUAAAUGGACUGUUAAUUCAACAAAUGCUACUACUGUUUUGUACACAUGUGCAAAAUGCUAUGAUAUUUUCAUUGACACCAGUGAGAAUAUAUACUGCUCGAUGGCCAGUGGAAAUCAAGUGGUGAAGAAAUCGUUAGAAAGAACCUCGAAUGCUUUCACAGUUGUUGCUGGCACUGGUUCGGCUGGAAAUAGUGCGAAUAUGCUGAAUGGACCAUGGGGUAUCUUUGUGGAUUACAAUUUUGAUUUAUAUGUCGCAGAUUGUUUCAACCAUCGUGUUCAACUCUUCACACUGGAUCGCGUAAAUGCUACCACUGUCGCAGGAAAUCAAUCUACGAAUGUUACAGUUGCGCUCUCAUACCCAACAGCAGUCAUUCUUGAUGCCGAUAGCAAUUUGUUCAUCGUAGAUUGGGGCAACAAUCGAAUCGUGGGAUCAGGCCCAAAUGGUUUUCGAUGUAUAGUUGGGUGUACUAGCUCACCUGGUUUGACAUCCAUUACAUUAAACAGCCCUAUCUCUAUGAGUUUUGAUACGCAUGGAAAUAUUUAUGUUGCCGAUAGAAAUAACAGUCGAAUUCAGAAAUUUAUGCUAUUAAACAACACUUUUGUUCCAUCAUAUAAUCGGCCACAUUUUUGUGCAAAUGCAUCAUGGGAUCCAAAUGCAAUUACUUUUGCGACUGCUAACGACAUCGGAGUCACUCCUUACACUGUUUUUGUCACAAUUGAUAACACGGUCUAUGCUCUUGACCAUACAAAUAAACGAAUUCAGGUAUGGUCUAAUGGCAGCACAAGCCCAACACAAACAAUUCCUGGUGCCUUCCUCACCUCAUGGACGAUCUUCACCACAGUCAAUGGUGAUAUUUUUAUUGACGAUGGAUUGGCGAACGGACGAGUGAUCAAAUGGUCGUCGUCAACAAAUACUGCUCUUUCUGUUAUGCCUGUUAGUGGAAUUUGCUAUGGUCUUUUUGUCGAUGUUAAUGACGCACUGUACUGCUCCGGGAGCAUUCAUCGUGUUGUGAAAAAGUGGUUAGGCGAUAAUUCAAGUAGCAUCACACUUGUAGCUGGCAAAGGCAUCGCUGGUAGCACCUCUAACAGUCUUAAUGAUCCGCGCGGAAUUUUCGUUGAUGAUAAUCUCGACUUGUAUGUAGCAGAUCGACUAAAUAACCGCAUUCAACUUUUUCGAUUGGGAGAAUUGAAUGGAAUUACAGUUGCUGGAAUCACGUCCGCAACUGCCACAAUUUCACUCUAUUUUCCAACUGAUGUUAUUCUUGAUGAAGAUGGUUAUCUCUUUAUCACAGACACUUAUAAUCAUCGUAUUCUUGGAUCAGGACUCAAUGGCUUUCGAUGUAUAGCUGGAUGCACUGGCACUGCUGGUCCAAGCCCCAACCAGUUGAAUUUUCCGGAACAACUUAGCUUCGAUAGCUUUGGAAAUCUAUUUGUUGUCGAUUGUUUGAAUAAUCGUAUUCAGAAGUUUCUGUUAUUGACAAAUUCCUGCGAUACAUCCUCGACAUCGGCUACUAGCAAUGUACCAAUAACAUCAACUCCCUCGUCGAUAUCGCCAACUUCGAUAGGUACUCAGCCGAGCAUCAUCACGGCAUCUCCAUCAUCAAUAGUUAUUUCAUACAAUCGACCUAAACUGAGUGCACAUGCUUCAUGGAGUGCUAACGCAAUCACUUUUGCCAACAACAGUACAAUUGGACUAAAUCCUAGCGGUCUCUUUAUUACAAUUAACAAUACCGUGUAUGUCGCCGAUCACACAAAUAGUCGAAUUCGGAUAUGGUCUAAUAAUAGUGCUAAUCCAAUGCAAACAAUAUACGGCUCUUUUACAAGUCCCCUUGCGAUUUUUGUCACAGCUGAGGGUGAUCUUUUUAUUGAUGAUGGCUUAGCAAAUAAUCAAGUAGAUAAAUGGUCAUCAACAACAAACAUGACUAGUUCCGUAAUGUUUGGUAACAGUCGCUGUUAUAGUCUGUUUGUUGAUAACAACAAUAAUCUGUACUGUUCGGUAUCAGCACGGCAUCAGAUCAUUACCAAAUCAUUGACUAGUAAUUCAAAUACCACAACAGUGGUAGCUGGAACAGGCUGUAAUGGUUCCACACCAAACAUGCUAAAUGGGCCUUGGGGAAUCUUUGUUGACACCAAUUUGGACUUGUAUGUAGCAGAUUGUUACAAUAAUCGAAUUCAACUUUUUCAACCAGAUGAACUGAAUGCUAUCACAGUUGCAGGAAAUGAAUCACUGAAUGUUACAGUUUCACUCUAUCGUCCCACUGGGAUUCUUCUCGAUGGCGAUAAUAAUCUAUUUAUCGCGGAUGCUGGCAAUAAUCGUAUUGUUGGAUCAGGACCCAAUGGUUUUCGCUGCAUCGUUGGAUGUUCUGGUACAGUUGGCAUAGCAUCGAAUCAGUUGCACUAUCCAUCAUCUAUUAGUUUCGAUACCUAUGGAAACAUAUUUGUUACUGAUUACCUCAAUAAUCGUAUCCAGAAAUUCAUUCUGUUAAAUGAAACUCUUGUUCCGUCGUAUAAUCAGCCGAUAUUUUGUGCAAAUGCGUCGUGGGAUCCAAAUGCAAUUACUUUCGCAAAUAGCAGUGUGAUUGGAGCAUAUCCCUUCGGUUUGUUUGUCACGACUAACAACACAAUAUAUAUUGCUGAUCGAAUGAAUAAUCGAAUUCUGGUGUGGUCUAAUGGUAGUUUGACUCCAACACAAACAAUCUCUGGCAAAUUCAACGCUUCGUACACGGUUUUUGUGCAAACGAAUGGUGACAUAUACAUUGAUGAUGGAACGGUAAGCAGUCGAGUGGAGAAAUGGUCACCGUUAACAAAUACCACUAUUCCUGUUAUGUCAGUGAAUGGACCUUGUCAUGGUCUGUUUGUGGACAUCACUGAUACACUGUAUUGCUCGAUGACUAAUUAUCAUCGCAUUGUCAAAAGAUGGUUAGGUGAUAAUUCUAGCAAUGUGACGACUGUUGCUGGUACAGGUAGUGCUGGCAACACUUCCAACGCUCUUAAUGUUCCAUCUGGAAUUUUUGUUGAUAAGAAUCUGAAUUUGUAUGUGGCAGAUCGUUAUAAUCAUCGCAUCCAACUCUUUCGACUAGGGCAGCUAAAUGGUAUCACUGCUGUAGGAAUGACAUCACCAAAUAUAACAAUCACACUAAAUUAUCCAUCAUCAGUCACUCUUGAUGCUGGUGGAUAUCUCUUCAUUGUGGACAGCGGCAACAAUCGUAUUGUUGGCUCAGGAUCCGAUGGUUUUCGAUGUAUAGUUGGAUGCACUGGUGUGCCUGGCUCAGCAUCAAAUCAGCUGUAUAAUCCAAUAGACAUCAGUUUUGAUACCUAUGGAAAUAUGUAUACAGCAGACUGGUCUAAUAAUCGAACCCAAAAAUUCUUAUACAUGCCAGAGUCUUGUGCUUAUACAACAAAAACAACAACAACGACAAAACAAACCACAACAAUUACAUUAUCAACUCUCAACAACUCAUGCUCUCCUCCUACAAUCACACUCAUUCCAAGUUCAUUCACAUUAUCAUCACCCGCACGAUUUUGUCGAAGUCAAGAUUUCACUAUCGUUUCUUUGAUUGAACUCAACUGUAACACUUCACUGUCGAUUUCUUCUCAGUGGACAAUCACAAACUGCACUUCUUUCUGUUCACAACAGAUCUCUGCUGAUCCGAACAUAGAUACAACAUUCACUGAACUGUUUGUUCCUGCUCGCACUCUGCCUUAUGGUCUCUAUGAACUUAACCUCACUGUUAUCAUGUCCAAUACGACAAAUGUGUCUGCAUCAUCCGUUGUUUAUGUUCAAAUUACACCAUCAGGCAUCACAGCUAAUCUAGUUCAGUAUGGCACAUCGAUGAUCACGCGUGGCACCGGACAAGAUCUCCAGCUAGAUCCUGGCAGCUAUUCCGUAGAUCCCGAUGAAAAUGCAUUCAAUGCUUCAAACUGGAGAUACAAAUACUAUUGCCGAAUAUAUGACUCAUCCAUGUUUCCGAAUCUGCAAGGUUCGCUGUUGACAGUGGACGAUCCAAGAAAUGAUUCAUACAAUCCAUCUUGUUUGUCCAACCGAAAUGGAUGGAGAUUUGACAACUCACUCAACUCAUCAUUCACCAUUCUUGCUAACUCACUUCGAUCUAAUCGAACCUAUCAGUUCAUGGUUCAGAUGGAAAAUCGUCGCAAUGCUUCAUUGCAAGCAACUGGUUAUGUUCUUGUGAAAGUGGAUGACACUCGUCCAUAUAUGAUCUUGAUCGGUUGUGUGAUCUGGACAAUGUGUGAGCCCAAUCUCGAGUUUCAACUUGUGAAUCCAACCACUCAAGUAGCGCUGUUUUCAGUUUGCGCUGGAAACUAUUCAACAGUUCAAAACAUCGCCUGGUCUAUUUAUUUUAGCAGUAAUCCAAUGAACUCAUCAUCAAACUUCACCCAAUGGUCGUUGUUUAAUCAAACGGCUUCUUAUGAGAAUAUCUGGUUUUUCGGAAGAAAUACGAGUAACUUCACAGCAGCAAAUCAGUUAUUUUUGUCGAAUCCACAGAUUGAGCUUUGGCGAUUUGAAGUUGUUUAUAGUUUUGCAGCGGAGAAAAGCGUGAGUUCAUUGAACUUUGUUAUCAAUCAACCACCAUCCAAUGGAUCAUGUUUUAUCUACCCUCUCAAUGGUACAACAGCUACUCUCUUCACGAUUUCUUGUUCAGCUUGGUUUGACAGUGAUGGAAUCAAGGACUACACAGUCUAUAUUUGGACAAAUGAUUCAACACAGAGAAUGAUCAUUGGUUAUUCAUCAGUUGCAACACUCGAAAUGUACCUACCAGUUGGUGAUGAUCAAUUAUCACUUGUUCACUGGAUAGUUCAAGUUCGAGAUCAAUUGGGCUGUAUCACUGAGACAAAUGUUUCGUCAGUGACUGUUUUUUCCAAUCUAGCAGCGAUCAAUGACUUGAUCAAUGACGUUCAAAACUCAACUCCAGUCAAUCCAAUCCUUCAACUACUUGCAAGUGGAAAUCAGAACCUAGUUGGACAACUGAUCACUUCGAUAUCACAACAAUUCAGCGAAAUCAACAAUGAAAAUCUUGAUAAAGCGAUUUCCAAUGGUGUUCCGCUUGCAAGUAUAUCUGUAUCAUCAUUGGAUAUUCAAGAUAAGCAACAGACAUUGUCAACACCAUUCAAUCAAUCAGUACUGAAUGAAUUCAACAAACAAAUCAACUUUCGAGCUGAUGCGAGAGACUAUCUCAUUGCAUUCCUCACGAAUCUUCCCAUAACAACGUCCAACAGUAUUAAACUGCAAGCAUCAUCAUUAGCACAAUUCACCAAAUCAACCAAUGAACUAACAAGAACAACCAUAGCUAGUGCAUCGAAUCGAUGUUAUCGAUUAGCAUUGGCUUUGAAUUCGAUGCGUACGAAAAUCACAUACGAAGAUGUUCAACUUGCCUCCGCUGAUCUUCUUCAGUGUGCUUCAAACUUGAUGAAUGCUGUUAAUGGUGCAUUGCAAGAACGAACAACAAUACUCAAUUUGGAUUCUUAUCGAGCCACUAAGUUCCCUGAUGAUUAUGAUACAGAUGUUGAGCUAGAGUGGGCCAAUCUAAAAUUAUUUGCCGAUGGUGAUGAUUUCUCAUUGGAAACAAUGCAAAAGAAUCGCAAUAUCUAUUACCAGCAACAAUUAGCUGGACAAAUCAGCACUCAAAUGACUGAACUCAUCUCACUAUUGACUUCAACAUUGAACAUUCAUCUCAAUAUUGGACAAGAUUUUCACAUCCAGACAUCACAAGUCAUCAUGACGUUAGAGACCAAAUCUUCACAAUCACUUGCAAAUCACUUCACAAAAACCAUCGGCGGUGGUCAAGUUCAACUUCCCAAUAACUUCGCGUCUUAUCUUGGCACAAACGAAAAGAUCUCCAUUCGAGUCGGCAUAAAAAUAACUAUUGAAAUACGAGCACUUUCAUACAAUCGACCAAAGCUUGAUCCCUAUGCAAUGUGGAAUCCGUCUGCCAUCACUUUUGCAGAUGUGAAUUCAGUUGGAUCCAGCCCAUUUGAUAUUUUCGUUAAUACAAACAACACCAUCUAUGUGCCCAAUCAAGCAAACAGCCGCGUCCUUGUGUGGACUCAAGGCAAUGCUUCAACGAUACGGUAUAUUUCGAGCAAUGUGUUGUCUCCAUACACCCUUUUUGUCACAACUACCGGCGAGAUUUAUGUUGACAGUGCCAGCUCAACCGGACGAAUCGAUAGAUGGACAUUGAAUGCAUCAAGUGGUGUUCCGGUACUGUACCUGUGCUCGAAAUGCUACGAUGUCUUUGUUAAUGCGCAGGACAUUCUUUACUGUUCGAUGCAGAGUAGCCAUCAGAUAGUGUCGAAGUCGUUAAAAACAAACUCGAAUGCAUUCGCAAUCGUUGCUGGUACAGGUUCCGCUGGAUACGCUGCAAAUAUGCUGAAUCAGCCUUGGGGAAUAUUUGUGGAUACCAAUUCUGAUCUAUAUGUAGCAGAUCAAUACAAUCAUCGUAUUCAGCUCUUUCGUUCAGGACAACUUACCGGUAUUACAGUUGCUGGCAGUACAUCGAUCAAUCUUACUAUUCCACUUUCUUACCCGUCUGGAAUUGCCCUCGACUUCGAUGGUUACCUCUUUAUCGUCGAUAAAUACAAUCAUCGCAUUGUUGGAUCAGAUUCAAGUGGCUUUCGUUGCGUUGUUGGAUGCACUGGUAGCGCAGGUUCAAGCUCAAAUCAGUUGUACUAUCCAACAUCGAUGAGUUUUGACAAUCAUGGAAACAUGUUCGUCGCUGAUACUAGCAACAGUCGUAUUCAGAAAUUUAUUCACUUGAAUAAUAGUCUCGUUCCAUCAUAUAAUCGACCGAAAUUCUGCCCAGAUGCUUCGUGGGAUCCAAAUGCAACUACAUUUGCUGCUGGAGGAAAUAAUAUAAUUGGUUCGUCACCUUACGGUAUCUUCAUCACCAUCAACAAUACCAUCUAUGUUGCCGAUCGAACCAACUAUCGUGUUCAGAUUUGGUCUAAUGAAAGUGACAUUCCAUCACAAUCCAUCUACGGUACCUAUAUGAACUCAUAUUCACUUUUUGUCACGACCAAUGGUGAUAUUUUUGUUGAUAAUGGAAACUACAAUCGUCGGGUAGAUAAACUAACAACGACGACAAAUACAAGUGUACCUGUCAUGUAUAUUAGUUCAUCAUGUUAUGGUUUAUUCGUUGAUCUAACUGAUGUUGUGUAUUGUUCAAUGCCUAAUUAUCAUCAGGUGGCGAAAAGAUGGGUGAAUGACUACUCUAGAACAGUGACGGUCGUCGCUGGUACUGGUUAUGCUUCUAGCAAUUCAUAUUACCUCUAUUAUCCUAUGGGAAUAUUUGUGGAUACUAACUUUGAUCUAUAUGUAGCAGAUCAAUACAAUCAUCGUAUUCAGCUCUUUCGAUCGGGGCAGCUUAACGGUAUUACAGUUGCAGGAAGUACAUCGCCUAAUCGUACUAUCUCACUGGCGUAUCCCAGUGGAGUUGUUCUGGAUGCUGAUGGUUAUCUAUUUAUCGUAGAUAGCUACAAUCAACGCAUUGUAGGGUCAGGAUCCAAUGGUUUCCGUUGUGUAGCUGGAUGUUAUAGAUUUUUUGGUUCGCUAUCAAAUCAGCUGUACUAUCCAAUAUCGAUGAGCUUUGAUAGUUACGGAAAUAUAUUCGUAACAGAUACCAACUAUCAACGUAUACAAAAAUUCUAUCUUUUAGAAAACUUUUGUAAUCAAACAUUAACCGUUGGCUACCAAACAACGACUAUUUCGACAAUAGUAGCAAGUUCAAAAGUAUGUCUCCCACCUACAAUCACGCUGAUACCAGGCACCACGACGAUGUCAUCACCCGUCCAAUUUCGUCGAAGUCAAGAUUUUUCAAUUGUUUCACGUAUUGAUUUAAAUUGUAAUAUCUCAUCGUCAGUGAAUAGUCAAUGGACAAUUAAGAACUGCACCUCUUCAUGUUCACAACAGAUCUCUGCUGAUCCAAACAUCAUUACAACAUUCACUGAACUGUUUGUUCCUGCUCGCACUCUGCCUUAUGGUCUCUACGAAUUCAACCUCACUAUCACCAUGCUUAAUAUGACGAAUGUUUCUGCAUCGUCCGUUGUUUAUGUUCAAAUCACACCAUCAGGCAUAACAGCUAAUCUAGUUCAGUAUGGCACAUCGAUGAUCACGCAUGGCACCGGACAAAAUCUUCAGCUAGAUCCUGGAAAUUAUUCUAUUGAUGCUGAUGGGGCUAUAUUUGAUGCUUCAAACUGGAAAUACAAAUACUAUUGCCGAAUCUAUGGUUCAUUCACGUUUCCGAAUCUGCAAGGUUCCCUAUUGACAGUGGACGAUCCAAGAAAUGAUUCAUACAAUCCAUCUUGUUUGUCCAACCGAAAUGGAUGGAGAUUUGACAACUCACUCAACUCAUCAUUCACCAUUCUUGCUAACUCACUUCGAUCUAAUCGAACCUAUCAGUUCAUGGUUCAGAUGGAAAAUCGUCGCAAUGCUUCAUUGCAAGCAACUGGUUAUGUUCUUGUGAAAGUGGAUGACACUCGUCCAUUCAUGAUCUUGAUUGGUUGUGUGAUCUGGACAAUGUGUGAGGCGAAUCUCGAGUUUCAGCUUGUAAAUCCAACCACUCAAGUGGCUUUGUUUUCAGUUUGUGCUGGAAACUAUUCAACAGUCCAAAACAUCACAUGGUCUGUUUAUUUCAGUAGCAAUACAAUGAACUCAUCAUCAAACUUCACCCAAUGGUCUUUGUUCAAUCAGACUACUACUUAUGAUAAUAUCUGGUUUUUUGGAAGAAAUACGAGUAACUUCACAGCAACAAAUCAGUUGUUUCUGUCAAAUCCACAAACUGAGCUUUGGCGAUUUGAAGUUGUUUAUAGUUUUGCAACGGAGAAAAGCGUGAGUUCAUUGAACUUUGUUAUCAAUCAGCCACCAUCCAAUGGAUCAUGUAUGGUUGAUCCUAUGAAUGGAACGACAACUACUUUGUUCACGGUUUCAUGCAAGGACUUUUUUGACACAGAUGGAAUAAAAGAUUACACCGUCUACAGUUACGCAAUGAAUUCAACGAAGAAAACUAUCGUUGCCUAUUCCAAUGCGCCUACAUUACAGUUAUAUCUACCAACUGGUGAUAAUCAAACGUCAUUACUUUACUUGACUGUCCAAGUGCGAGACCAACUAGAUUGUGUUACAGAGGCGAACACUGUAUCAGUUACUGUACUUCCUAAUUUGAUGAUAAUCGAUGAUGUAAUGCUCCACAUUCUAAACUCAUCGAACACUGAUAAUACUAAUGCAAUAAAUCAGAUGCUUGCCAGUAAAAAUCAAAACCUAGUUGUGCAAGUGAUAAGUUCAGUAUCGCAGCAACUCAAUGAAAUUAGUAACGAAAAUAUCAACGAAGCUAUCUCAGAUGGUAUUCCAGCUGCAAGUAUAUCUGUAUCAUCAUUAGAUAUUCAGAAUCAACAUCAGACGUUGCCAACGCCAUUCAAUCAAUCCGCAUUGGAUGAAUUCAGCGCUCGAUUAAACUCUCGUGCAUCAGCUCGCGACUAUCUUGUCACCUUCCUCACGAAUCUCCCUAUAACAACAUCGAAUAGUAUCAAACUGCAAGCAUCAUCAUUAGCACAGUUCACAAAAUCAACCAAUGAAUUGACGCGAACAACUCUCACAAGUGUAUCGGACCGAUGUUAUCAGUUGGGAUUAGCUUUGGACUCAAUGAAAAUGAACAUCGCCUUUGAAGACGUUCAACUUGCUGCACCUGAUCUCCUUCAAUGUGCUGCUAAUAUACUAAACGCCGUAAAUGCACCUUUACAAGCACGAACCACUAUUCUUGACUCCGAUUCUGUCGUAGCUACAGAGUUUCCCGAAGACUAUGAUACCGAUCUAGAAGCGGAGUGGGCUAAUUCGCGUAUGUUUGCCGCUGGUGAUGAUUUCUCAUUGGAAACAAUACAAACGAAUCGCAACCUCUACUAUCAUCAGCAACAACUAGCUCAUCAAAUCAACAUUCAAAUGACUGAACUCAUCUCACUAUUGACUUCAACAUUGAACAUUCAUCUCAAUAUUGGACAAGAUUUUCACAUCCAGACAUCGCAAGUCAUCAUGACGUUAGAGACCAAAUCUUCACAAUCACUUGCAAAUCACUUCACAAAAACCAUCGGCGGUGGUCAAGUUCAACUUCCCAAUAACUUCGCGUCUUAUCUUGGCACAAACGAAAAGAUCUCCAUUCGAUCAAUCAUGGAACCAUUGGCACCAUUCGGCAACUCCAAAUCAACAUCCAACACCAAUCUAUCUCGAUCACUCUCAUUCUCCAUUCUUAAUCAAGAUCAAAACGAAGUUUCAAUUCAAACAGCAAAUAAUCAGUCAAUCGAACUUAUCAUUCCGCGUGAUCCCAAUCUCAUCAUUCCACCAAUGAUCCAUCAGAAUGUCACAUCACUCAACUCCACUUCUCCUCACCAACUCCUCUUCUAUUUCCAAUAUGUGAGUUUGUCAUCAUCAUCACUGGCAGUUUCAGUUCAUUGGGAAGUGGAACCAUCGAGUACAAGUCUCGCUUACUUGUUUGUCUAUCGUUUCGAUCAGACACCACAACUCAACACGUCAAUCAAUCACAUCGAUGGAUGGACACUUUUUUGUCCUUCUAAUCUCCCAAAUGACAGUGUGUACACUUAUUAUGUCGAUAAUCAACAAACAAACGGUCAUCAGUCGAUCAUCUUUGGUUUGAGAGAACUCAAUACAACUGAAACCAUUCAACAUUGUUCAAACACAUCACUCACACAUCCUCCCAUCACAGAUCAACCAUUCAACUUCACCUCAGACUAUGGACUCAGAAUCUACACAUCUGGCUGCUAUUAUCUCGACGAGAAUCAGCAGUGGAAGUCAGAUGGACUCGUUGUUGGGCCAUUGACUAAUCACAGUCAAACUCAAUGUUAUUCCACUCAUCUGACAACAUUUGCAGGUGGAUUUGUUGUUUUACCUAACACAAUCGACUGGAAUUAUGUGUUUGUCAACGGUGACUUCGUGAAGAAUAAAACAGUUUAUUUGACAGUGAUUGUUGCUUGUGUGAUCUAUGUGGUUCUGAUGAUUUGCGCACGAUAUUAUGACAAGGAAGAUGUGCAGAUGUCGAAUAUUACAAUGUUGCCUGACGACAAGAAUGAUAUUCGUCGUCAUAUUCUGCAGCGAGGUGGAUUUGAUGUCUUGAUGAGUGUUCCCAAGUCAUUGGGACUGUUGAAUUACAUUUGCAAAGAUUCAUUAUCAUCGUGGUUUCUGAAAAAUAUCACCCUUUGUGUUUUUCAACGAUGGUUCGCUGUUAAGAAACAUGAUGGAAAGAUCGAACGUGCUCUAACCGUUGCAAACGAAUUGGAGAACAGUCAAUUCGCUCGUGUCCACCGUUUGCGUGAUGAACGAUCGAGAAAGAUGCAAAUGUGUUCUGUCAUUCAUGAAAUAAUGCUGCGUGCGUGUUUUUUGUCAGUAGUUUAUGUGUUGAUCUAUUCGAGCCGAAAUUCAAAUGCAUUUCAUCAGGUGCAUCAUCUCAGAAGAUAUUUCCUCAAUCCAACACAAGCUGAUCUUGAUUAUACAAAAAUUUCAACUGUCGGUGAUCUUCGUGCUCAGCAGUGGUGCAAUGGCGAUCGACAAUUAUAUGCAUUUGAACGGCAGAAUCAAUCGUCACUACAAGAUGAAUGCGAUAUUCUUAUUUACGUUGAAAACAUUUCUGAGAUCGAUAGCUUUAAAAAGUUGACAAAAAUAGGAACUCAAGCCGAACGAGAUUUACAGAACCGUGGAAAAUGCCAUUGCUCGGUUAAACACUUUUCUGGAAAGAUGGACCAGCUGUUAAUUGAUUUGAAUCAGAUUUACACGGAUAAUAAGUGA